AUGUCUUUCGAAACCACCGGCACCAUCGCUUCCUUCGGGGGCAAGCUGCUCCAGCUCAAGCACAAGUCGUCGAGCACCAAUACAGACAUGGCCCUCAAUGUCUUCCUGCCGCCCCAGGCAUUGAAGUCCGGCGCGAAGGUCCCAGUGCUGUUCUACCUGUCCGGCCUCACGUGCACGGCAGCCAACUGCUCUGAGAAGGGCUUCUUCCAGCACGGUGCUAGCAAGCACGGCAUCGCCAUUGUAUACCCAGACACAUCACCCAGGGGCCUGAACAUCGAGGGUGAGGACGAGUCCUACGACUUUGGGUCCGGUGCUGGUUUCUACAUCGACGCAACCAAGGAGCCGUGGACAAAGGGCUACAACAUGUACUCGUACAUUACAAAGGAGCUUCCCGAGGCGCUCUUCUCACAGUUCAAGGAGCUCGACUCGAGCAAGGUCAGCAUCACAGGUCACAGCAUGGGGGGACAUGGUGCUUUGACAUUGUUCCUGAAGAACCCCGGAAAGUACAAGUCCGUCUCUGCUUUCGCACCUGUUGCGAACCCCAUCAACGCACCUUGGGGGCAGAAGGCGUUCAAGGGAUACUUUGGCGAGGACCAGGAGGAGUGGAAGAAGCACGAUGCCACAGAGCUUGUCAAGCAGUGGAAGGGGCCGCUCGAGAUUCUCAUCGAUGUCGGCACGGGUGACAACUUCUACAAGCAGAAGCAGCUGCUGCCAGAGAACUUCAUUGAGGCAGCCAAGCAGGCCGGCAACGACAAGGGCAUCCAACUUCGCCUGCAGCCCGACUACGACCACAGCUACUACUUCAUGGCCUCUUUCGCGGAUGACCACGUCGAGUGGGCGGCGAAGCACUUGAACGCGUACGAUUCGAGCAGUAGACACAAGUUGUAG